GUAGAUCAUGGACACCUCAGAUCUAGAUCAUGCAUGAAUAAGGGCACGUGUGCAAGAAUACAUGUGUGCAAGUGAAGGAAUGCAUAUUCCAAGGCCGGUGGGUGUGUAACAAAACCAGUACAUGUGUGCAAGUGAGUGUGAGCGUUUGUGCUCAGUGCUGUGUGUGUGCCUGGGUUAUCCACUGCGGGGCACUAGACAGUUACUUGUUGCCAAGAGGCUUUAGCGAUUCACAGUUUCAUGGAACUGAAGGCCAGAAGGGACCGUGAGAUCCGCUGAUCUCCUAUCUGCCACAGGCUGUUCAGUUUCACUCAGCUAUGCCGGUAACAAGCCCAGGACUUGAAUCAGACUUAGGCAUUUCAGCCCUCAGGAGAGUGUGCCGCAGGGAGCAGACGGGAGAGACGAACUUCUAUAAUGUAAGAUAAACCUAAAUGAUCCCAACAGGUCAGCCACACCCCAUGCUGCAGAGAAAGGUGAACCCCCCCACUAUGGCAGGGGUUCAGGCUGCAUUAUUACUUAAGGAAGGUAAUAUGUCUGUGCAUUUGCACAACAGCUGGGCAUGCAUCUCCCAGCCAGGGAGACAGGCCCGAGUUCUGCUUGUGCUACCAUGCUGGAAAUAGCAGUGAGGACACUGAGAUGUGGGUGGCAGCAUCAGACAACAGACCGGGAGGGGGGGGGUAGAGUAGGGGAUCCAGUGGGCUUGUACUUGUGCCAUUGUGCUACCACAUCCACCCUAUUUCAGUGUCCUUAGCUCUGGUCCAGCUGGCACAUGUCAGUCCACCCAGGUUCCCCCAGCUGCAGUGUAGACGUACCUUGUGCUUCGGGCUCGAGAGAGGUGCCUUACCGGGCCCUGUGCUGGAACUUUGUGUCAGCUGUUAACUGGAGUAAGCUGUAGCCCUGGUUUGAAACUCAUGAUCUGUGGUCUGAGACUAUGGUACUGACGUUUGUGUGUCGGUGUCUGUAUGCACGUGCGUGCCCAGGCAUGUCAUGUGGAAGUGUGCCAGGGAGUAUGGGGAUGAAUGUGCACCUGCUGUUUUGAUUUCUAGAGCUGGGUCACUGUUAGAGCUCUCAAUGCUGGCUUGCAGUCCCACUCGCUGUGUGCUACAGCCUUUCCAGGCACUUCUGGUCCCUGCUCACAAUGUGAAAGUUUCCUUAGAAUCCUAGAACUGGAAGGGACCUCGAGAGGUCAUCAAGUCCCAUCCCUUGCCCUUGCGUCAGGCCCAAGCAACAUGUGUUUGUGCAGGUUUUACAACAAAGUGUGGGAUUUGCACCAAGGAGCUGGGGCCUCCGCGGUGAACCCAUUACUCGCCUACAUGCUGAUCAAGAGGCUGCAGUCUGAUUGGCUGAAUUUGGUGCACAGCCUGGAGGCCACUGAAAACAUCCAAGCCCUCAAGAACGGCUACAAGAAGGUGGAGAAGGACUUGCCCGAGUUCGAGGACUUGGAAGGAGCAGCCCGGGCGCUGAUGAGGCUGCAAGACGUCUAUGCGCUGAGCGUGAAGGGGCUGGCCAAAGGCAUGUUCCAGAGAGCCAGCAGCACCCACCUCCCUGAUCUAUACAGCCCUGGGCAGCGCUUCCCACUCUCUGCGGAUGACUGCUUCCUCGUCGGCAAGGUGGCGUACGACAUGGAGGAUUACUACCACUCCAUCCCGUGGCUGGAGGAAUCCGUCAGCCUCUUCCGCGGCUCCUACGGCGACUGGAACACAGAGGACGAGGGAAGUCUAGCGGAUGCGCUGGACCACCUGGCUUUUUCCUAUUUCAAGGCAGGAAACGUUUCCCAAGCCUUAAGCCUCUCCAGAGAGUUUCUUCACUACGACCCCAGCAACAAAAGAAUCGCUAGGAACGUCCUGAAGUAUGAAAGGCUCCUGAUGGAAAAUCCAGAGCAUGCCAAGGCAGAGGUGAGCCUGCAGCGGCCGAACGUCACACACCUGCAGACUAGAGACCUGUAUGAAGAGCUAUGUCGGACGCUGGGGUCGCAGCCAGCCCAGUACCAGAGCCCAGCCCUGCACUGCUCCUAUGAGACCAAUGGCAGCCCAUUCCUGAUCCUCCAGCCAGCGAAAAAAGAGCUGAUCCGGCUGCAGCCAUAUGUAGCCCUGUACCACAACUUUGUCAGCGACCUGGAGGCGGAGAAGAUUAAGGACCUUGCAGCUCCCUGGCUGCAGAGAUCAGUGGUUGCCUCCGAAGACAAGCAGCAGAAAGCUGAGUACCGGAUAAGUAAGAGUGCCUGGCUGAAGGACACUGUAGACCCAGUGAUCGUGUCCCUAGAUCAGAGGAUCGCAGCCAUGACUGGCUUGAACAUUCAGCCGCCGUAUGCGGAGUACCUACAGGUGGUGAACUAUGGGAUAGGCGGACACUACGAGCCUCAUUUUGACCAUGCCACUUCGAGAAAGAGCCCUCUUUACAGAAUGAAGUCAGGUAACAGACUGGCCACGGUCAUGAUCUAUCUGAGCUCCGUGGAAGCUGGAGGAUCCACCGCCUUUAUCUAUGCAAACUUCAGUGUGCCUGUGGUCAAGAAUGCAGCUCUGUUCUGGUGGAACCUUCACAGGAACGGAGCCGGGGACGAGGACACCCUCCACGCCGGCUGCCCAGUCCUGGGGGGAGACAAGUGGGUGGCAAACAAAUGGAUCCACGAGCACGGGCAGGAGUUCCGAAGGCCGUGUAGCCCCGACCCCCGAGAUUAAGCGCCGGAGCCGAACUUGAGCACCCCCCCACCCCGUGCACAGGCAUGGGAGGAGGUGGGGGAUGGAAACCCACCGCCAUCCGAUCCUGAAGCAGGGGAGGGACCGGGAGAAGCCAGCUGGUGGGCUGCAAGGGAAUGUGGCCUGCUGCCAAGGCACGGCUCAGCAAGGCUUCCUCUGUUGUGUCUUGAGUCCGAGGAUGGUGGAAGGGCUGGGAGGGGGGAGUGGAAGAGAAGUCACUAUGGGAGGAGAGUGGGGGAAGUUAUAAGGCGAGAAAGAGGCAGCUGGAGGCGCUGGGACUGGCUCAGCUGGGGGACAUGAGCAGCAGAGAGGCCCUGCUGCAGUUCCUGGGAAGUUAAUUGCACAAGCCCUGGCUGUUAGCAUGCAGAGAAAGAGCCAAGGGAGGAGGCUGAUUUCCAUGAGCCAAGGUGGAGGAGGAACUAGGGCACAAGGGCCCGAGUCUGAUCUCAGGUACCUUGUGCUAAGUCUGGAGUUAUUUGGUCCGUCGGGAAAAUAAAGCAAAGGGAGAGAGAGUCACUGGGGCAGUCCCCUUAGCACUAGUGUCUCUCGACUGAACAAGAUGCUGGAGAGAUCAGUGUUGCACUGGGUGAGGGUAAGGCAGUGAUACUCAAUUGGAUCUGCUCCUCAGCUGAUCUGAGAGUUGUAUGACCAGAGGUGGGGCAUGUGUGCAGACGGCUGACAAAAUUUAAAAAAACAACUUCAGCUGCCAAUAAAUAGACUCUGACUGGCACAUGCAUGUUAGGGGUUUCCUGUGGUUGUGGCAAUCUGUAUUGGGAGAGGUGACAUGGACAAUCUCUGCAAGAGUGGUUUGUAGGAGGUCAGGGCAAGGCAAAUGCACUGCUGAAGAGGCUCAUCUGUCAGGCGAUUGCAGGUUUUUUUCAUGUACCAGGUCCACAGAGGUACAUUGAUCCGGACAUCGUUAAAAGAGAGCUGGCUAGAUACCUGCUCUUCUGAAACUGGGCAGACUGCUGAGUCCAGAACAUGCACCGUCCCACUUUUCUGCAUUUUGCCUUCAAGACAGCUGAGCUCCUGAGCUGUACAAUUUCUAAGUGAAAGCCACUUUCGUCAGCUGAAUCAAGAAUGCUCUUUGCUUCGGAAGGGCUGGGUCCAUCAGCAGAGACAGCAAAUGGAUGCUGAAUGUGCAAAUGCAGAAUCUUUUGGAAGUUUACAAUUUUCAAAUCGCAUUUUAUGUUUUUUAACCAAAUGAUUCAGGAAUUCUUGCAUCAUUUUCCUGGGGGUUUCAUUCAGCAACACCACUCUGUGGAAAAGUGUAACAUCUCUCCUGUGACGUCUGUCUGAAAGAUUUUAAGAUUCCUCUGAAAGACUUCCCCUUUUCCAAACAAAUUCCCUGACACUGCUUGCACAGUCUUGUUGCACGGUCUUGUUGCAGCUACGUGUUGAAGGAAUUCAAAUGGCUAAUAAUAUUGCACAGAAAAGCUACUUGUGACAUUCAUUGGAAAUCAUUCAUAAAUUCCAGGAACUCACACAAGCCUUGUUGGUCUUGUGGUUUGAAAAAAUUCUAUUAUUUCUAUUUAAUGCACACAAAAUCUCUUAACACACGUCUCCUAUUUAACCAGUGAAAGUUGCUGGCCUGCAACAGAUCACUGUAUUCAGCUGAAACAUCUUUUGGAAGAGCUUUAAAAAGACAAUAUUGCAAGCUAGAAGUUGAGCAUAGGUAGUGCACUAAUCUCAUUACUAUACCUAUUUUUUUCAAGCCCCCCAGACAACUUAGUGCACAAGAUAGUCUAGUGAAUGAUGCAGUGGGUGUAAGAAAGGUUGUACUGCUGCCAAAUAAUGAAGCAAAGCCCUUCUUUUUCUCUGUCAUGGACAGUGCACUAUCUGUAACAAGAAAGUUUGCUUUCUGCGGAUCUAAACCUUCCCACCCCCCCCAAAAAAAGCCUUUUACCUUUGCAAAAACAAUCUCUCUCGUGGCAUAGGUUUCUAACAGCAUUAAGCACAAAAAAUUCUUUCUUGAAUAUUUCACCGUUAUAAAAUCUACCAGCGAUAACUGGACAGUGUCACUUAAAUCACUUGAUUCAUCCAUUGCAAAAGAUGAAUAUUUAGCAUUUUUAACUCAGCAGUGCUGGCAAACAGUCCUCAUAAAUUACGCAUAAUCUUCACACUGCUAUGGCAUCAGAAAGGGGAACUUGCUUCCCCCAGUUCACAGUCUCAUCUUUGUUUUUAUCUCUGGCAAAAAACUAUUCCGGCAUUUCCAAGGUGUGCUCCUUUACAAGCUCAGCAUCCAGAAAAGACCUUUUUCUUUUGAGCUAGUACCAACGUUAUCUACAGAGAAGCAGCUGCAUAGUCACUGAUGUUGUGAGAAUGACAUUUGACGUGUGAUAGGAAGACUUCAGAUUUUGUUUUGUCACGUCUUGCAACACUUUCAGAAUUGGCUGUGUUGAAGUUACUGUGCUUUGACUCACACUGACGACCUUGCAGACGGAUUCAGUGGUUUGGCACAUUAAACGCAAAGGUUCUGCAUUUAAAUGAGGCUUCAUAAUAAAAAGAAAUCUGCUGUCCCGUUGGGAUUGAGAACUCAGUUUUUGCUGUCGACUCUGUGACAUUUACUCCCACUCGCAUUCAUUUUUUGCUCCAUUUCUAUCACUAAUGAAAACAUGGACAGCACUGCCUAGCUCAGUCGUAGCCGCGAUGCUAUGGCGAGAACAUAAUUCCAAGGAGGUUACUUACUAAAGAAGUCAUCGGCAAAUGAUAGGCAGCGCAUCACUAUUUAAUUACAAACAUUUUUAAGGUGAGUUGGCAGGCUGCACAGGAAACCAUGGUGGGUCAGAUUUGGCCCACGGCCGCCUAUUGAGUAUCACUGGGGGAAGGGCUUGAUGGCCUAGAUGGGUCUACUUCUAAUGCUGAGAUCCAUGCCCCAUGCCUGGAUAGUACCCAAGAGAAGUAGGAAAACAGAUUCUCUGAUCCAGGGCAGGACACCAGGUUGUCCCCCCAGACAGUCGGGGACAGAUGGGCGUUCCUUCGCUCCAGGAGGAGUCUCACCAAAGCACAAGCCAGAUUCUGCUGGUGGGUUUCAGCAGUGAAACAGAUCAGAACCCAGCCCUGUGUGUCUAGCCCAACUGACCUCGCCACAACGGGUCAGUUUACAGGCAGCCACACUGACCUAAGCCAGAGCUCUCCUAGCUUCUGUGGCAGUGGCUGCAGUGGGACGUCGGGGAACGUGAGACAAGGCUAAAGCACCACCGACACAUGCAAACCGGGAAGGUUGCAAAGGGCAAUGGUGAAAUUUGGAAAACCCUGGGGUAGAAUCCCAACCCUAGAGGUCCCGGCUGAGAUCCAGGCCUCACUGCUUGGUGCUGUAUGUAAACAUAGUAAGAGCUGCCCCUGCCCCAACCAGCUUACAGUCUAAUGGCAUCUCUGCAUUGGGGCUAGAAUAUUGUUAUUGCUGUACGUCUCUGCCGACACCUAAUGGCAUCGCAGUCCAAGACCAGGCCCAAAAGGACAGCGUGGUUCUUGCACACAGGAACUGGUCAGUUGCAGUGGCAAAAAGAAACACAUAGACUUGAAUGCCAGAAGGGACCAGUGUGACUAUCUAGCCUGACCUCCUGCGUCUAGCAGGCCACAGAACCUCCCCCACCCACUCCUGAAACAGACCCCGACGCUCUGGCCGACGUCCUCAAAUCAGGGCUGAAAGACUUCACGUUCCAGAGACUCCACCAUUUACUUGAGUUUAAACCUGCAAUUGACCCCUCCCUCAUGUUGCAGAGGAAGGCAAAAAACUUAAAAGAGCCAUGUAAUGGGAUAGGGGUUCACUGGUCCCACCCUCUAAAAAGGGCACCGGCCAUCCUGUUACCAUGUAUCACUUCCAACAAGCUCCCCUACCUCCAGCAACACACAUACCCCCGACUGGGAUCCUGGGGUUGAGCUCUUCACAGCAAGGACUGUCUCCUACUGUAGAGUCAGAACCCUGGAGGACUGGAAGGGACCAUAAUAGGCCAUUUACUCCAAUCCCUGCACUCAGCGGUGAACUACAUAAAAAUAAUUGGACCCUUCCUGAGCGGG